CAAACGGGCCAUGGGUCUCUACCACCCAUAGGAAUCGGAUCCCGCAAGAGGACUGAGGAGGCAAGCUCCAAUGUUGGGGAACAAAGGAAGAAACAAAAGAAUGACCCUUGCAUGGAGAGCAUAAAGGGAAAGACUAUGACGCACGAGCGGCAAGUAGAUAGGCCCACCCUCGGGCCAAACGAUGAUGUGAUCUGA